UGUAGCCUUGCAUUCAGCUUAGCUAUUGCUCUUCAAAACUAGUUGUUUCUUCACCAAGUCACCAAGGUGCAAGGAAGAAAUGGCAACCUCACAUCCAAUUCCUUCAUUUCCUUCCAUGGCAAUGCUGUUUUCUUUCUUUGUUCUACUGUUAUUGCUGGAGAAUGUGGCAGGCGAAACGAGGCACUACACUUUCAAUAUUGACUACCACAAUGUUACAAGACUAUGCCACACAAGGACCAUUCUGACUGUGAACAGACAGUUCCCAGGGCCUCGGUUAGUGGCAAGGGAAGGUGACAGAGUGAUCGUUAAGGUGGUUAACCAUAUUUCAAACAAUAUUUCCAUUCACUGGCAUGGGAUUAGACAGCUUACGACUGGAUGGGCGGAUGGACCUUCUUACGUAACACAGUGUCCCAUACAAACAAACCAGUCAUACAUCUACAACUUCACAAUCACAGGACAAAGAGGAACUCUCUUAUGGCAUGCUCACAUCUCCUGGUUGAGAGCGACGAUCUAUGGACCGAUCAUCAUCCUCCCAAAGCGCAACGAAUCUUACCCAUUCGUGAAACCCCACAAGGAAGUCACGAUCUUGUUUGGAGAGUGGUUCAAUACAGACCCAGAAGCUAUAAUCAGCCAGGCACUCCAGACAGGAGCUGCACCUAAUGUUUCUGAUGCAUAUACCAUCAAUAGUCUUCCAGGGCCACUCUACAACUGUUCUUCCAAAGACACAUAUAAGCUGAAGGUGAAGCCAGGAAAGACAUAUCUCCUCCGGUUAAUCAACGCUGCACUCAACGAUGAGCUUUUCUUCAGCAUCGCCAACCACACCGUGACGGUGGUCGAAGGAGACGCCAUAUAUACCAAACCUUUCGAAACUGACAAGCUCCUCAUCACGCCAGGCCAAACCACAAACGUUCUCCUCAAAACCAAGCCUGAAUUCCCCAAUGCCUCCUUCCUCAUGGCUGCUAGACCUUACUUCACUGGCCAAGGCACCAUUGAUAACUCCACCACUGUGGGAAUUCUUGAAUAUGAACAUCCAAAACAUCACAAAUCCUCUAAAAACCUUACCUUACUUCAACCAACCCUCCCUCCUAUUAAUGCCACAGCAUUUGUUGCAAACUUUACAGGGAAAUUCCGUAGCUUGGCCAAUGCUAAAUUCCCUGCUAACGUACCAAAAACUGUGGACAAGAAAUUUUUCUUCACUGUAGGACUUGGGACGAGCCCCUGCCCUCAAAACACAACCUGCCAAGGACCUAACAAUUCAAGCAAAUUUGCUGCUUCAGUCAACAAUAUGUCAUUUGCACUCCCAUCUGUGGCUAUUCUCCAAGCUUACUACUUUGGACAAAAUGGAGUUUACACUACAGAUUUUCCUACACAACCCUUAAUUCCUUUUAAUUAUACUGGCACACCACCAAAUAACACAAAUGUGAUGAAUGGCACACGCACGGUGGUGCUGCCAUUUAACACGAGUGUAGAGCUGGUGAUGCAGGACACUAGCAUUCUCGGUGCUGAGAGUCACCCACUUCAUCUUCAUGGAUACAAUUUCUUCGUUGUUGGACAAGGUUUUGGCAACUUUGAUCCAAAUAAGGACCCGGCCAAGUUCAAUCUUGUCGACCCCAUGGAGAGGAAUACAGCUGGUGUUCCUGCUGGUGGUUGGCUAGCCAUUCGGUUCUUCGCGGACAACCCAGGGGUGUGGUUCAUGCACUGUCACCUGGAUGUCCACACAAGCUGGGGACUGAAAAUGGCAUGGAUAGUCUUGGAUGGGCCGCAACCAAAUCAGAAGUUGCAGCCACCACCGUCUGAUCUUCCACAGUGUUGAUUCUGAGUAUUCAUUGUUGUUCCGACUGCCCGAGGGCUAUCCAAUUUUCCUUUUUUGUACCAUUUUGAGUGUUUCUGAAUUCGUCUGAACUUUUAAAAAUUUGUCACUUGAUUUUUAUGCAAUUCCUUUUCGUUGCGUGUCUAACUAAGGAAAGGGGGGGCAUGGUUUCUUCGUUUCCUUUGAUGUUGAACGUGUGUCAUUGACGGAUGGAUGAGUGGAUGGUUGGUUGAGGGAAUGAACAGCAGCUGAGGUGUACACAUCCGAUGGAUUUAUUUCAUUUAA